AUGAGCAACCCUCCUGUGUUCUCCAUACCCUCUCGCAUCACCACGCUGCCCUCUCGCAUCACCACGCUGCCCUCUCGCAUCACCACCCUGCCCUCUCGCAUCACCACCCUGCCCUCUCGCAUCACCACGCUGCCCUCUCGCAUCACCACCCUGCCCUCUCGCAUCACCACCCUGCCCUCUCGCAUCACCACGCUGCCCUCUCGCAUCACCACCCUGCCCUCUCGCAUCACCACCCUGCCCUCUCGCAUCACCACCCUGCCCUCUCGCAUCACCACCCUGCCCUCUCGCAUCACCACCCUGCCCUCUCGCAUCACCACCCUGCCCUCUCGCAUCACCACCCUGCCCUCUCGCAUCACCACCCUGCCCUCUCGCAUCACCACCCUGCCCUCUCGCAUCACCACCCUGCCCUCUCGCGUCACCACCCUCCCUUUUCCCCUACCCUUACACCCUUUCCCCCUCCACCGCUCUCUCUCUCCCAUGACCCCCAGGUGCCAGUCGCAGUACCUGGCGAACCUGGUGUUGAAGAUCAACGUGAAGCUAGGGGGGCGUAACGUGCUGCUGCAGUCGGAGUGCCAGUCACAGUACCUGGCCAACCUGGUGCUCAAGAUCAACGUGAAGCUGGGCGGACGCAACUCGCAGUACCUGGCGAACCUGGUGCUGAAGAUCAACGUGAAGCUGGGAGGCCGCAACGUGCUGCUGCAGUCGGAGAGCAUCGGUCGCCUCCCCAUGGUGGUUGAGCGCCCCACCAUUGUGUUUGGCGCUGAUGUGACCCAUCCCAGCCCGGGAGAUGAUUCUUCGCCUUCCAUUGCUGCUGUCGUCGCCUCGCGGGGUGAGUGCUGCUGUGGACUGUUGAGUUGGCCGAGAGGCCGCAAUGUGCUGGCUGAGCGUCCCACCAUUGUGUUCGGCGCCGAUGUGACGCACCCCAGCCCGGGGGACGACUCUUCUCCUUCGAUUGCUGCUGUUGUUGCCUCUCGGGUGGGUUGGGUGGAGGGGGGGGGGGGGGAAGAGAUGGGGGGAGGGGACUAUUUGGUGGCUGAGCGUCCCACCAUUGUGUUCGGCGCCGAUGUCACGCACCCCAGCCCGGGGGAUGACUCGUCCCCCUCCAUCGCUGCUGUUGUGGCCUCCAGGGACUGGCCGUGUGCGAACCACUAUGGCUGUCUGCUGCGCACGCACCGGCAGGAGAUAAUAGAGGGGCUGCAUGAGGAGCGGCGCGGGGCGGACGGCAGCAUGCAGGCGGGUGGGCUGGUGAGGGAUCUGCUGAUGGAGUUCUAUCAGACCGCCAAGCGCAAGCCCGAGCGCAUUAUCUUCUUCCGGGAUGGUGUCAGCGAGGGGCAGUUCUACCAGGUGCUGGCAUACGAGCUGGAAGCACUGAAAGCAGCGAUUGUCGGGCCAUGGACCCCUCGGGGUGCAGAAGCGGCACCACACAAACUACCUGUUGCUGCUCGCCCUGCCCAUCUGCCGGUGCUGGCGUUCGAGCUGGAGGCAGUGCGAGCGACACAUGACAUGCCUGUUUCACCACAUUCCACCCCUCUCCCCUCCCAACCUCCACCAGGUGCUGGCAUACGAGCUGGAGGCAGUAAGGAUGGCGUGCCGUGCCGGGCCAUGGACCCCACAGGCAGCUACAGUCCGCGCAUCACCUACGUGGUGGUGCAGAAGCGGCACCACACGCGCCUGUUCCCGGCGGACAACAAUCGCGACAAGAACGGCAACGUGAUGCCCGGCACCGUGGUGGACUCGGUCAUCUGCCACCCGAGGGAGUUUGACUUCUUCCUCAACUCCCACGCCUCCAUCCAGGGCACGUCGCGCCCGACGCACUACCGGGUGUUGUGGGACGAGAACAGCUUCACAGCCGACAGCAUGCAGGCGCUCUGCUACUCCCUCUGCUACACCUACGCGCGUUGCACCCGCUCCGUCUCCCUCGUGCCGCCCGCCUACUACGCUGACCUGGCGGCCACGCGGGCGCGCCUCUACCUGGAGGGCAUCUCGGGCAGCAUGCGGGGGAGCGGGUCCGAGAGUGGGUCGGCGGCGGGGCGGGCGGCAGGGGGCGGCGAGGUGGCGGGGUCGGGCGGCACGGGCAGCUCCAGUGGGUCGUCGCGGGUGGGGGGUGCGCCGCCUGUGGUGCCGCUGCCGGUGGUCAUGCCUGAUAUCCCUUUCUCCUCCGACCUUCAGCAGUGCUGUCUGUGUCUGACCCAAGAAUCCACAUUCUCGGACUCUGACGCCAUGGCCGCCAUUGCUACCCGUGCCCUCUUCUCCGCGCCGGUUGCCCUCGAGGCUACCCGCCAACGCCUUGUCGCCGGCAAGGCCCUGCGCUCCGCUGUCCCUGCCGUCACUGCUGUGCGCGGCCAGAGGCUCGUUGCUCGUGCAAGCCUUGAGAAGCCCACUCGCCAGACGUACUUCGCCUCCCCCCAGUCCCUGAGCUACCUCGAUGGGACCCUUCCCGGCGACUUCGGCUUCGACCCCCUUGGCCUGUCCGACCCUGAGGGUGCUGGCAACUUCAUCGACCCCAAGUGGCUCACCUACGGCGAGCUGAUCAACGGCCGCUGGGCUAUGCUCGGUGUUGCCGGCAUGAUCGCUCCCGAGAUCCUCGGCAGCUACGGCAUUGGCCCCAAGAUUGUGUGGUUCGAGUCCGGUGUGAUCCCCCCUCUUGGCGGCUACGGCUACUGGGCCGAUCCCUAUGCUCUGUUCGUCCUGGAGAUCGUCCUGAUCGGCUUCGCCGAGCACAGAAGAGCUCAGGACUACUACAAGCCCGGCUAUGGCUCCAAGCAGUACCUGCUGGGACUUGAGAAGGUUCUCGGCGGCUCCGGCGACCCCAUCUACCCCGGCGGCGCGUUCUUCAACUUCGCUGGCCUGGGCAAGACCGAGGCGGAGAUGCACACCUACAAGACCAAGGAGGUCAGGAACUCCCGCUUGGCCAUGCUGGCUGCUCUCGGCUUCUUCUUCCAGGCGUGGAUCACCGGCGUGGGCCCGUACCAGAACCUGCUCGACCACUUGGCCGACCCCGUGAACAACAACAUCCUCACCAACCUCAAGCUGCACUAA